GUGCUGUGGGGCUGAAGGGCUAUUGCAUGUGGAGCUUAUGGUGGGAAGGAAGCAGGAUGCUGUUUAGACAUGGAGUCUAUAGUGUGGGGAAUAUAAAAGUUGUAGUAUGGGGCUGCAGUGUUUUUUAACUGGAUUAGGCGCAGUGUGUGUUGUAGGGGCAUAACAGGGCUCCAGGGCUGUUAUAGUAUAAGGCAGCAGCACAGUUAGUACUUAAACAGCUCUGUUACACUCCUCUCCCUGUUUGGGUGCCAGGGGAAGUUGUAGAGAGAGAGUGGAAGGGGUGCAGUGAGUGUAACAGGGGAACUGCCGACUUGGAAAACCAAGCUUUUAAAUAUGGGAAGGUACAGGUAGCCUUUAGCAGCUGAAUUCUAGGACGUGACCCUCCCUGGUGUGCUAUUGUGCUAGUCUGGCAGGAAGUUGACAUUGCUCUGCGAGCAGACACUGGCCAGGCUGGGGUAGUAGCCUAUCUUCCUGAUCGUGGCUUUAUCAGAAAGGAGCCAUGAAUGACAGCAGUGAGGGGAUCACGUUCUCAGUGCCCCCUCCACCCACCCAAGGGGUCUAUGUGGAUGACGACAAAAUUGGGCACAGGCAUCAAGUUGGAUUAUCAACCUCUGGAGGGGGCAGUAGGCUUCCUGCAGCUGGCAGUUUCUGGAGUGAGGAUUAUAUACACGGUGCUGUAGGAGGAGCUGCUGCUCGAUGUGCCAAGGGUUUUCAUCAGGCUGCCCCCAGUGUUGGCAAUACCCGAACCAUUACUGUAGUUUAUGUCAUCAAUGAAGUAAGCCAUGGAAUGCAACAAAGUGAGCAUGCUGCUUUACACAGCCUGCAGGAGGCGUGCGAGAGCCUAGGGGUGGCUCUGGAGACCCUGCAGUUUGGCAAGCUGGACUUUGGGGAGACUACCGUGCUGGACCGCUUCUACAAUGCAGAUAUUUCUGUAGUGGAAAUGAGUGAUGCUUUUCGACAGCCCUCUCUGUUCUACCAUCUUGGCGUGAGAGAAAGCUUUAGUAUGGCCAACAACAUCAUCCUAUACUGUGAUACUAAUACGGAGUCCCUCCAAUCUUUGAAGGAAAUAAUUUGCCAAAAGAACAAUCUGUGUACUGCAAGCUACACGUUUGUUCCGUAUAUGAUUACGCCACACAACAAGGUGUUCUGCUGUGAUGGUAGUUUUAUGAAAGGGCUUACUGAAUUAAUGCAACCAAAUUUUGAACUGCUUCUUGGGCCCAUCUGUUUGCCCUUGGUGGAUCGCUUUGUUCAAAUUCUAAAAAUGGCUCAGGCCACUUCAUGCCAGUAUUUCCGAGAGGCCGUUCUCAAUGAUAUCAGAAGAGCAAGAACCCAGUAUAGCGGGCCCGAGCUAGCAGUUGAACUGACCAGAAUCAGACAACGUGUUGAUAACAUAGAAGUAUUGUCUCCUGACAUCAUUAUAAAUCUCCUGCUGUCAUACAGAGAUAUCCAGGAUUAUGAUGCAGUUGUGAAGCUGGUGGAAACAUUAGAAAAAUUACCUACCUUUGAUUUGUCGACACAUCAUCACAUCCAUUUCCAUUAUGCCUUUGCUCUAAAUAGGAGAAAGCUACCUGGUGACAGGGAGAAAGCUCUUGAGAUAAUGCUUCCUAUAGUGCAACAAGAUGAACAGGUGGCUUCUGAUAUGUACUGCAUCGUGGGGCGAAUCUACAAAGAUAUGUUCAUGGAUUCUAACUUCCAAGAGUUAGAAACCCGGGAUAGCGGUAUUUUAUGGUACAGGAAAGCUUUUGAGUCCGAGCCAACGCUUCACUCUGGAAUUAAUUAUGCUGUGCUACUCAUGGCUGCUGGGCAUCAGUUUGAUAAUUCAUUUGAACUUCGUAAAAUUGGGGUGAAACUCAGUAGCCUUCUGGGUAAAAAGGGAAAUCUGGAAAAGCUGCAGAGUUACUGGGAUGUGGGAUUUUACCUGGGAGCCAGUGUAUUGGCUAACGACCUUACCAAAGUAAUCCAGGCUGCAGAGAGGCUCUUUAAACUAAAGGCGCCAGCAUGGUACUUGAAUUCAGUUGUGGAUACCAUUUUAAUAUAUCAGCACUUUAAAAAAACAAGCCAAGAACAUGUGUCCAAGCAGGAGCUUGUAGAUUUUUGGAUGGAUUUCCUUGUUGAGAUCACAAAUAAAGAUGUAUCUGUGGUUCGAUUUCCGGUCUUGAUUCUAGAACCAACAAAAAUUUACCAGCCAUCCUAUCUGUCAAUCAACAGUGAGGCAGACGAGAGAAAUAUAUCUAUUUGGCAUGUUCUACCCGAUGAUAAGAAGGGAAUACAUGAAUGGAACUUCAGCGCUCUUUCUAUCAGAGGUGUAAGUAUUUCAAAGUUUGACGAACGGUGCUGUUUCCUAUAUGUUCUUCACAAUUCCGAUGACUUCCAGAUUUACUUCUGCACAGAACUCCACUGUAAGAAGUUCUUUGAUAUGGUUAACCGCAUCACAGAGGAACAUGGGAAGAAUGGAGAAGAUGGGGAGUGUGAAAGUGAUUCUCUGGAGUUUGACUAUGAAUAUGACGAAAAUGGAGAUCGGCUAAUUCUGGGUAAAGGUACUCAUGGAGUAGUGUAUGCUGGACGAGACCUCAGUAACCAAGUCAGAAUAGCAAUCAAAGAAGUCCCUGAAAGGGACAGCAGGUACUCACAACCUUUGCAUGAAGAGAUUGCUCUACACAAACAUCUGAAGCAUAAGAAUAUUGUCCAAUAUCUAGGUUCAUUCAGUGAAAAUGGCUUCAUUAAGAUCUUCAUGGAGCAGGUACCAGGAGGGAGCCUGUCUGCUCUCCUACGAUCAAAAUGGGGGCCCUUGAAAGACAACGAGCAGACUGUUGGCUUUUAUACCAAACAGAUUCUUGAUGGCUUGAAAUAUCUCCACGAUAACCAGAUAGUACACAGAGAUAUAAAGGGUGAUAAUGUGUUGAUAAACACAUACAGUGGGGUGCUAAAAAUCUCAGACUUUGGUACAUCCAAGAGACUUGCAGGAAUCAACCCAAAUACAGAGACGUUCACUGGCACUCUUCAGUACAUGGCUCCAGAAAUCAUUGAUAAAGGACCUAGAGGAUAUGGGAAGCCAGCUGAUAUUUGGUCUUUGGGAUGUACAGUGAUAGAGAUGGCAACAGGGAAACCUCCAUUUUAUGAGCUGGGCGAGCCACAAGCUGCAAUGUUUAAAGUUGGAAUGUUCAAAAUUCAUCCUGAAAUACCUGAAUCCAUGUCAUCAGAAGCUAAGGCUUUUUUGUUGCAGUGUUUUGAGCCAGACCCUGUGAAGCGUGCCCCUGCUACUGAACUACUUGUUGAUGACUUCUUGAAGGUUUCUAGCAAAAAACGAAAGUCCCAACUAAAACUUUCAGCUCUUUCACCUGGAACAAGUGAAUAUCUCAGGAGUAUAUCUCUGCCAGUUCCGGUGUUAGUGGAGGAUACAAGUAGUAGCAGUGAAUAUGGCUCAGUGUCACCGGACACAGACUUGAGAUCAGACCCAUUCUUCAAAUCAAGAGUCAGGUCUUGCACGGAAAAAGAAGGGAAACUUACAAGAAGUUUAUUUCUGGGGAUCCCGGAUGAGAAUUUUGAAGAUCACAGUGCACCUCCUUCCCCUGAAGAGAGAGACUCUGGUUUCUUUAUGCUAAAGAAGGACAGUGAGAGAAGAGCUACACUUCAUCGAAUUCUUACAGAGGAUCAGGACAAGGUGGUUCGGAACUUAAUGGAAUCGAUAGGGCAGGGAUCCGGUGAAGCAAUCUUAAAAUCCGAACAUAUAGAGACCUUGGUGACCAGCCUGAAAGAGUUUGUGAGAUCUACUGACCGUAAAAUCAUUGCAACCACUUUAUCCAAGCUGAAACUGGAGUUGGACUUUGACAGCCAUGCCAUCAGUCAGGUCCAAGUUGUGCUUUUUGGCUUUCAAGACGCGGUCAACAAAGUCCUUCGAAAUCACAACAUUAAACCACACUGGAUGUUUGCUUUAGACAGUAUCAUCCGAAAGGCUGUUCAGACAGCCAUCACCAUCCUAGUGCCUGAGUUGAGGCCUCAUUUUAGUAUUACAUCUGAAAGUGACCCAGCAGACCAAGAUGACAUUGAGGUGGAGGACGAUCAUGAUGAACAGACCAAAGAACAGUCUAUACCAAGGCCAAAUGCUGUCACUGAAGAUAUUGUGCACACAUCAGGCGUAAGCACUCUCAGCUCAACCAUGUCUCAUGAUUCACAGACUGCUCAGAGAUCGCUCAAUAUGCAGCUUGGGAGACUGAGGAUAGAGUCAAACAGGCUUCUAGAGGAGUUGGUGCAGAAGGAGAGAGAAUUCCAAGUUCUAUUAAAACAGGCCCUUGAAGAGAAGGACAAAGAAAUCAAACAACUUCAACUGAAGUCACAGCCAAUAAAUAUCCCAGGUAUUUCGGUGUCUCACACGAGAUCGGCUGUCAAAUGUGAUGAUGACCUGGAUCUUGUUUAUUGGCUAAGAGAGCAGCAAGUGGACGAAGAUACAAUAGACAAGUUCAUCAUAGAAGAAUAUCACCUUGAGGAUAUUCUCUGGCAUGUUACACGUGAUGAUUUAAAAUCUCUGAAUUUAAGAGGAGGAACUCUCUGCACAAUAUGGAAAGCUAUCACGGACUUCAGAAAGAAAGAAUCUUCCUGAUGAAUGGACUUUUUUCCAGGUUGGCUUUGUGGAACUCAGAGCAGACUCCAACAAGGAGACACUGCCGCUCACUUUUCCAGUGUUUGUUUACCAAUGUGAAAUGGUAGUUUCUCCAAGUACAUUGUGAUCAUGCAGUCCACUGAAAACCCUGCCAGGAUCAUUUCCUUUGGGUAAAGCAGAUCCUGCUCCAGUUCACUGCUGAUGGAUGCUUGCUGUGCCUUACCACAUCACCAUUAUGUCUGGGAUCCAAAUAUUGUUGCAGAUGACUAAAUAGAUAUUAAACAAACUUGCUUGAAGGCCAGAGUGGAGAUGUGAGGACAGUUUUCUUGAAAUUUCUAUUUGAUGAGUGGAAAUGUCACAUAAAGAGAUGGAUACUCUUAAUA